AUGAGUAUAAAUGAAUAAGAUCUAUAAAGCAAUGUAGAAAAAUUAGUAGAUAAUGUAAAUAUCACUAUUCAUAAAAUAGUAUAUGAAAAAAUCAAAGUCAUUACAUAGAUAAAGAUCAUCUAUUUCAAUGAAUGAAGAAUAACGAGAUUUUACAUAAGAGAUAAUUGAAAAGGAAUUUUAAAAGAGCGCUCUUAUGGAAGAAUUAUCUAAGCAAAUUUAAUUAAUAGUGGAACAUUUAAUUCAUAAGCAUUUGUUUGAUGUUUUAUUAUACUGUAUAUUCCUAGUUUCAAAAUCAACUUCACCAUUUAUAGAAUGAACUAUAAUAAAUGAAAUAAAAAUAAUACACUAUUGGAAGUUAAGAUAGUACCAUUAAAUAAACACUCGUUUUAUCAAAAAAUAGUUCCUUUUCUGAUUUUAAUGAUUAAUUUCUCUUUGAAGAUUAAAUUAAAACCUUGAAAAAUAAAAUCAAAAAUGUGAAGGAAGAAGUGAAUAAAAAAACACAGUAUCAUGAUUCAUUGAUAAACAUGCUUUUUGAUUAAUAGUAAUCAAUAAUUUAUAAUGAUAAUUAAGGAAAGACUUAAAAGAGAACUAAAGAAAAAAUUAAUUUGAUAUUGAUUUAAAAUCGAUUGAAAAAAGAAUGCAUGAUUAAAUAUGGUUAAGUAAUAAAUUUAUGCAAUAAAUUAGAUGUUGAAACAUAAACCCGUGAUCUUGUUGAAACAAAAUUCCAUUAAUUGAAAUAGAUGGUAGAGUAAUAAAAUUAAAAUUAGAAAGGUAACUUUUUAAAGUAAAAAUAGAUAAGGGAGCAGUUGUUUGGACUAUUAUAAAUGAAUGUAAAAGUGAAGUGGAUAAAGUAAAAUUAAAAUUGAAUGAUGUGAACAGUAAUUUGCAAGAAAUGAAAGAAAAUAGUAAUUGGUUUCCUUAAAUUUGGAAAAGGAAAUGA